AUGGUGGCGACUAAGAGGCAGAAGGUCAAACAGGAAGUCACUUCUUCGUCUAAUGAAGAACCAUCUUCCAACACCAAGAGGGGAUUCGACUUUAUUGAAAUUUAUAAUAGAUAUGAAUCGAUAAAUUCUAAAGAUUUAACUAAAUCUGAACCAACAAAAAAGCCUACAACUGUCAAGCCCUCGAGUUUCAUGAUGGAAACACAAACAGAGGGAUCGCUUAGAAAAGAAUACGUCCUUCCAUCAACUAAUAAGACUAUAAUUGAUAGUCUACAGUUCGACGUUAUGGCCAGCUCAGAUAUCUCAAGAGCUUCAGAAAUCGAGAUUGAACACAAACAACUUUACGUCAUGAAUUCAAGAAAACCUUGUGUUUAUGGCCCUCUAGAUUCAAGAUUAGGGUGUAACAAUAAAGAUGCGAUUUGUGAAACCUGUGGAAAAGGAUAUAAUGAAUGUGUUGGACAUUGGGGACAUAUAAAGCUGGCAUUGCCUGUAUUUCAUAUAGGAUUCUUUAAGUACACAAUACAGAUAUUGUACUGUAUAUGUAAGAAGUGCUCGUCACUGUUACUCUCAGAAGAAUCAAUUAAGAAGUUUUAUGAAUUGCAUAAAAAGGCCCAAGAUGAUCCGGUCUUAAAACCCCUAAUAUUUAAGAAUAUCGUACAAGAUUGUAAGAAAAUCUCAAAGUGUCCAAGAUGUGAAGCACCGCAAGGAGUUAUCAAGAAGAUAGUAAAACCCAUAAUAGACCAGUUCAUGAAGCUAAAGCACAUUUAUAAAUAUAAAGAGUAUGGGAAAAUGAAGACGGUGGAGGAGGAAUUAAACCCGCUGGUUGUAAAACACUUAUUUGAGAACAUUGACCCAGUACACUCAAAGGUCCUAAAUAUAGUUCACCCAGAAAAACUUAUUAUCUCAAAUCUAGCAGCUCCGCCCAACUGUAUAAGACCUUCAGUAUCUGUUGGUGAGGAGGGAACUACUGAAGAUGACCUAACUUGUAUCUUCUCUGACAUCGUAGAGAGUAAUAAUCAAUUGAAAUCAUAUAUUAAGAAUGGAGCACAGACAAAUUCAUUCAUUGUACAUUGGCAGAUUAUACAGUACCAGUGUACUCGAUUCAUUAACUCAGAUUCUCCAGCACUAGCACAACUUCUGUUAUCAAGGAGAGUAUCCAAGCCAGGAAGGGGAAUAUUCCAAAGACUAAAAGGGAAGGAAGGAAGGUUUAGGGGAAACUUGUCAGGGAAAAGAGUAGAUUUCUCAGCGAGAACAGUCAUAUCACCAGACCCAAAUGUAGGGAUAGAUGAAGUGGUGGUACCAGAGUGGAUAGCAAGAAGACUUACAUUCCCAGAAAGAGUAACGAAAUAUAACAUAGAUGUAUUGAAAAAAGCAAUAUUGAACGGUGUCUCAGUGUGGCCAGGAGCAUCAUACGUAAAUAAAUUAGAUGGGAGCAAGUGUAGCCUAAGAUUUGCUAACCCAAAACAUAUGUCUGAAAAUUUACAAGUUGGAGACAUAGUAGAAAGGCAUCUUUGGAAUGGAGAUAUUGUUAUCUUCAAUAGGCAGCCCUCGUUGCAUAGGCUAAGCAUAAUGUGUCACAGAGCUAGAGUUAUGAAUGGAUCGACGUUUAGAUUUAAUGAGUGUGUUUGUUUACCAUACAAUGCAGAUUUUGAUGGGGAUGAAAUGAACCUCCAUUUGCCACAAACUUAUGAAGCAAGAGCAGAAGCUCUUCAUCUCUUGAGUGUUUUGAAAAACCUGACUACACCUAGAAACGGAGAACCUCUAAUAGCGCCAGUUCAGGACUUUCUUUGCGCUUCGUACCUACUAACAAACAAGGAUAUGUUUCUAAACAGAGCAGAGUUCUCCCAGAUUAUUUCCUACUUCACAGACGGAACGAUACACAUUGAUCUUCCACCGCCCUCAAUAAUACAUCCAGUAACACUAUGGACAGGUAAACAAGUAUUUAGUGUCUUGAUUAAACCCAACAACAAAUCAAAGGUGAUGGUAAACAUAAGAGUCAGAGAACGUGAAUAUACUGAUCCAAAACAGUACUACGAGAAUUUAAACAAGAAAGGUUCAGAAGAUAGUAAAGUUAAUAAAAAAUCAGGAAAUCCCUCAAAUGAUACAAAUCCUAGAAGUUUUAUAAAACUGGAUGAUUGCAUGUGUCCAAGUGAUGGGUACGUUGUAAUAUAUAAAUCAGAAUUAAUGUGUGGAAGUCUUGGAGUUAGAUCACUGGGAGCAAGCAAAGGAGGCCUGUUUUAUGAACUAAUGCUGAAAAAUAGCCCCAAAAUAUCAUCAGAAUGCAUGCUGAGAGUAAGCAAGCUCUCAAGCAGGUGGCUAUCAGAAUUUGGAAUGACAAUAGGAUUAGACGAUGUUACACCAAGUAGAGAACUUAUAGAUAAGAAGAAACAAUUAUUGCUAGACGGAUACUCUAGAGUUGAUGAAGCAAUUAGUAACUUCAAGUUCCUCCAACCAUACCCAGGGUGUACGAGAGAACAAACACUAGAGUUACAAGUCAAGUCCAUUUUAGAUGAAUUGAGGAAUGAAUCAGGGAAGAUAUGCACGUCUUUACUAAACCCAGAUAAUAAGCCACUGAUCAUGUUUAACUCAGGUGCAAAGGGUGCACUCAUCAAUAUCGCACAAAUGGUUGCAUGCGUAGGGCAGCAAAACGUGUCAGGCCAGAGGAUCCAAAACGGCUUCAUAGGAAGAACAUUACCUCAUUUUACAAUGGGGUGUAAGGAUGCAAAGAGUAGAGGCUUCGUAGCAAACUCAUUCUUUACAGGUCUUGAGCCAGAAGAGUUCUUUUUCCACACAAUGUCGGGCAGAGAAGGGCUCAUAGAUACAGCGGUCAAGACCUCAGAAACUGGAUACAUGCAACGUAGACUAAUGAAGGUUAUGGAGGAUUUGUCCGUGUGUUACGACUAUAGUGUGAGGACCAGUGAUGGUCAGAUAGUCCAGUUUUUGUACGGCGAUGACGGUUUGUCGUCAUCGUCAAAGUCGUGUUUCACAAAUUUGAAUAGUUCUCUAGACCACAUAAAACAUAUUAACCCGAUCAACAAGCAACAAAUAUUUACCUCAUCGCAUAUAGACCCUACACACCUUGAUAACCAGGAAAAAGGACCAUCAAAAAAGAGAAGUAAGUUGAAGAAGAUUGGUACAAACAAGGAUAAAGAGCCAAAACUUACACACGAGAGUAAAUGGAUAUUUCCACCAAAAAACGUGGACGAAUUACUUGAGAAAGUAGACACAUUUCUGAAAGAUGAAGAAUUUGUCAGUAAAUUGCCUCCACAAAUUAAGAAUAAAGUUGCUUCAUACAGUCAUUGGAUAAAGCCCGCUGAGACAUAUGGGGAGCCUUACACUGAGAAGGAUCGCAGGAGAAGUUUCGAUAGAUUGGACUCCAAGCAAUUCAACAGGUUUAAGCUGGUUGACGAUAACAUCAUAAACACUUUUAAAAACCACAUUUCGGCAUAUUUCUCAGUGUAUGUUGAGAACAGCUACUCUAGGAGGAAUGUCCCGUUACUACCCCAGGAAAUUGUCACAUGGACGAAGUUUCUGCAACCUUUAUUAACAGAACUACUUCCUCCGACAAUAUAUAGCCAUUCUUCUGUUUCACAGAAUAUGGGAAGUGUUUACGAGUUUGGGAAUACAAUUGAGAGGGUGCUUUUGGAACACUCUGAAAAGAUGGCAUUGACUCUUGAUAAAAACUAUCAACAGGUUAUUGAAUCACAAAACACAGAGUCUGAGGUUAUAAUUGAGAGAUUCAAGUUGGUGAACACAGUGAACAGGAUAUCGCUAGAACAGAUGUUUGAGUUUAUCAGGUAUAGCUGGAAGGAUUAUCAGAAGAGUUUGUGUGAGCCAGGAGAAGCAAUUGGAGCUUUGGGAUCCCAAUCUAUAGGUGAACCAGCAACUCAGAUGACUUUAAAAACAUUCCACUUCGCAGGAGUUGCCUCAAUGAAUGUGACUCUGGGUGUCCCCAGAAUCCAGGAAAUCAUUAAUGCAACAUCACUCAUCGCUACUCCAAUUAUAGAAGUCCCCUUGGAAGACAAUACAGACUACGAUUUUGCUUUGAAGGUCAAAUCUAAGAUUGAGAAGACUACUUUGGGACAAAUAUGCCUAAACAUCAAACAGCUUUACACACCGCAAAUGAGCAAAUUACUGUUCACUCUGAACCGAGAUUUAAUAGAACAACUCCACAUACAAGUUAACGCAGAUAAGGUGAGAGAUAUCAUAAUUGACUCCGGCUGCCUUGGGAAAGUUAAAAUACAUAAAAGCUGCGUGUAUUCAAUAGGAAAGUGGCAAAUUUGUAUAGAACUCCCAUCGAAUCAGCAGCAUUUCUUCCAGCAAAACUCCCUAAUCUCUGGCCUGACCCAACUUGUAGUAGCAGGAUCCAAAAGUGUAAAAAGAGCAGUAAUAAAGCGCGAAAGUACACCCCAAGGUCCUAAUUACCAAAUUGCAGUUGAAGGAUAUGGCCUACAGGAAGUAAUGGGCUGUUACGGCGUAAUGUCAUCCGCGGUUAAGAGUAAUCACGUGGCUGAAGUCGCCAAGGUUCUCGGAAUUGAGGCUGCUCGUAGUGUUAUUAUUAGUGAAAUCCAGAGGUGCAUGGACGCAUAUUCAAUAGAUAUUGACUGUCGUUACAUGAAGCUUUUGGGAGAUGUAAUGACGUUCAGAGGUGAAGUCGUUGGAAUAAACAGGUUUGGAAUACAGAAGAUGAGAUCGUCAGCUCUCAUGCUUGCAUCAUUUGAGGAAACCAACGACCACCUGCUUGAGGCUGCACUCCAUCAUAGAAGGGAUCCAAUUAAAGGUGUUUCUGAAUGUAUAAUCAUGGGGAAACCGAUUUCUCUAGGAACGGGAUCCUUUGAUAUUUUAAUGUCAAAUUAGACCUUUCUCUAAUUUAUUCUUCUAUA